AUGAAGGAGUUCUCCCUUGACACCUUACUGCUGUCUUUUGCACACUUAUGUUUCCUCUGUAGUUUCCUGCACAGAGCUCACGCUCAGGAGGCUGCAGGUAAUGAGGAUGCGCUCCGCCGGGGGUUGACAUGGCAACAUAACGGACAGGUUUUCAGCAUCCUUAGCCGCGGCGCUCAGUACCGUCCGUCCUUGAGGAGGCGGGUGGGGUUACCACGCCGCAGUAGCCCUGUGGUGGUUGUCAGCAGCAGUAACAGCACGGUCCCUGUAGCAUCCCAGAGCUCCCCGAGGGUCCCUGCAUCCAGCAGCACUGCGCAAUUGCGCGCCAUGACGCGCCAACAGAACCAGCCUCAGCAGCAGGUGUCCGGCAACAACGCAGACUCUGCCCCGGGAAGACGAGAGGACACGAUGGCCGGAGAUGAUCCAUACAACCCUUACAAAGCGUCCAACUAUUACCCCUACUACAACUACUACAACUCCUACUACAGACCCAGACCCAGGGCUCACCACAGGCACGGAUAUGGAACCAGCUAUCACCACCAGCACGGUACAAAAGUGUCAUUUUUUAUUGUUUUUAAACCAUUUCCACAUCAGUUUUUCAUAAGUGAAUUUGACUGUCAGAAGUCAGCAGAAUGUGAUUUCUUCUGUCAGGAGACCCUGUACAAGCUAAUGGAGGACGAGAUGAGUGGAGUGGUGGAGUAGGAAAAAAAAAUUCUUUAAGGCACAGUUUACAGGCUAAUUAUCCCGCAGCUCAGCCCUUCAGUAAUCUCUCUGAUGCUCAUAUAAAGAAAGACAGAUGUGUCCGUUUUUACAUGCCUGCCAUUAAAUUUAAACCUAAUUUCAUAAGGAUUUUGAUUAUAGAGCUGAAAGUUUUAAGCACCUCCCUGUUACAGCCCACCAUGAGCAACAUGGAAGAGUCACCAUGCUGAGCAAUAGGGUAUUAGCUGGAUCCACAAAAGGAUCAAAGCUGAUCAGCUGUAAAUUUUGUUAUCAAGGUUGAAGAGGUUUUGUGUCCUGUUUGAGUUGACUAGCAGGAAUAUUUGCUCUUCACGCAGGGGUGAGUCCAGAAGGUGCCCUGAGCCCCCUGUGAAGUGUAACUGGCCACCCUAAAAUACUUGACAGCUGAUGCAGACUUUGCCUCAGAUCAGCUGUGCCACUGGCUCUGUUUUGUGUUCCUGUCUUGUUUGCAGGUCUCCCUGAUCUGGUUCCUGAUCCGUAUUACAUUCAGAUUGCCACUUACGUCCAGAGGAUGCCCAUGUACAAUCUCCGCUGUGCGGCUGAGGAGAACUGCCUUGCCUCGUAAGCCCAAAACCUUUCUGUUUAAACUUUGUAUUUGAUUAAGAUCAGUGCAGAGACAAAUGUUCUUACACCCUUCCCUUAUGUCCUCCUUCCUCCUUCAGUUCAUCUGCCUACUCUCAAGACUAUGACACCCGAGUUUUGUUGAGGUUUCCUCAAAGGGUGAAGAACCAGGGAACAGCCGACUUCCUGCCCUCUAAACCACGAUACUCCUGGGAGUGGCACAGCUGUCAUAAGUAGGAGGAUUCUGGCUUUUAGCAUCAGUACUUUAACUUUAUAUUACAUGACUGUUUGUUUAUUGAGCGUCUCCUCAAAGGUUGUCUGUUGUCACUCAGUCACUAUCACAGCAUGGAUGAGUUCAGCCUGUACGAGCUGCUGGAUGCCAGCACUCAGAGGCAGGUCGCUGAGGGACACAAAGCCAGCUUCUGCCUAGAGGACACAUCUUGUGACCCGGGAUACUACCGCCGCUUCGCCUGCACCUCACACACUCAGGUACAAACUGGAUACUGAAUAAAUCACAGACAAAGCCAGUCCUGGUGUCUCUCAGUGACUACAGAAAUGAAGCCUUCGGUUUGGCAUGUUGGUCUUCUUCAAAGCCAAAAGGGACCAAAUUUGGACUAAAGAAAGAUUCUGGAGAGGAAGGGUUUACAAAAGCCAGACGAUAAAAGCUAAGCAGUCUUUGACCAAGAGGCUGAUCCAAUAACUGGGACUGAGCUCCUUAACUAUCACUGUUUCCACAGGUGACACACGGGGCUCUAUUUCUGUGUCGACAGAAUCAGCUGGUGCAGUGACAUUUUCGUGCUCGCCGGUGGCGUAUAAAGUGCGCUCAAAGCUCGCCGAUUCAAACCCGGUCAGCUUUCAGCGCAGGCGGCGCGCAGCUGGUCUAGUGGUAUUUUAGCGGCUGCGUAUCGGCAUAUGUCACCGAUGCCACCUAGAUAUGUCACCUAGAUAUGUAAUUCAUCUCCCUCCUUUUCUUUCUCCCUUUUCCUCUUAUUUCUCGCGCAGCUCGACAUGGACAUGUCUCCAUGUCCUCUCCCCGUCCUGCUGCAGCUGCUGCUGCGGUGGCUGAACAGAUGAUAUGUUUCAGUGAUCACCCUCCGCUACAUCUCCGGCAAGCACGAAAAUAGAGCCCAUGGUUUAUGGUUGUAGCUGAUCAGUUGUGUUGAUUACAGAAGUUAUGAAAAUGUUUAAAACUUAUGAAACUUGAAUGUUACUUACUCCCCAAAGGUCAGAGAGUUUGGUGAUAUAGUUGGGUUUAUACCACAGACAGGGUGUCUCCUUGUCACUAAAGCUUGCCCUCUCCAGGUAAAAGCCAAAACCAACCCUAACUUCCAGGCACAGGCCUCCAAAUAUUAAAAAACAAAACAAAACUAAACAACGUCAUGCUUACAAACUAACCUGGCUCCACCUGAAAGGUUGAUAUCCCGUAUUACCAAAAAUUUAAGAUGUUUCCUUUUUCCAUCUACUUACGCUGUUCUGUUUAAAAUAUCAGCUCUAAAAACAGAACUGUAUAACGUAGACUGACAACUCUGUGUGUGUGUGUGUGUGUGUGUGUGUGUGUGUUUCUAUGUUGUGCAGGGUUUGAGUCCAGGUUGUUACGACACUUACAGCGCCGACAUCGAUUGUCAGUGGAUUGACAUCACUGAUGUCUCUCCUGGAAAAUACAUCCUUAAGGUCUGGAACUGCUUUUCUUCUCUGACUUCUUCUAAUGCUGCUUUAAUAACUGUUGUAUUAAGACAGAAUCAUGCCUGAGCAUAUGAUCAUUUACUGACCAUCAGUGUGGUUUGCUUUAGGACCUUGCUUUGUGCCCUCCAACACUCCCCAGUUGUUCUAAUACUGAGUGUAUAAUCCCUCCCUGUCCGGUGAUAUUGCCUGAUCCUGUUGUGUUGUCCUGAUAGGUGACAGUAAACCCCCGGCAGCAGGUCCCAGAGUCAAACUUUAACAACAAUGUGGCCCGUUGUGACGUCCAGUACACCGGCACUGCCGCCCAUAUCUCUGGAUGCACCAUGACAUCGUAAGAAACACUUUCACUUGUUAUAAUUGAAUGUAAAUGUGGAUGAAAAUCUCCCCCUAUUAGAUAAAAAAAGAGGAGAGCACAUCACCCUGAAGGUCCGCUAAAGGUGAGAGUAUGUGUCUUGAGUGUAUAAAUCAUGAGUAACUCCUUACCUUGUUUGUACAGGAUUAUCAUUUGUGUAAACUAAAGAGUAGCUUAAUAACGAACAUUGGUGAAUAAUGACUGUUGUGCCCAUUAUUAUUGUGCAUUAUUGGUGCAUUCACACAAAUGUGAAUCUGUUGGACUUUUGGGGCUCCUUAAAGACCAGAUUUUUCAUGUCUUCCCUGAUAUCAAAUCCAUGUGCAGAACCCUUUAGCUCUGUAAUGAUCAGUGUCUUAUUCAGUGGAUGUUUUUUUUCUUUUCUGUCUUUGCAGCUACUGAGAUCAACAUAAACAUGAACAAGAACAGUGGACAUGGACUUAGCUUUGGAAGAAUGAAACUUUAAGUUAGAAAAGACUGAAGUAACUCAGUUUAAGUUAAAAUUAUGAAACUCAUUAGAGGACUUUAAAUGUUAAGUUUAAAUGUUAAGUUAUGUUUUAGGCUUGAUUUGGGUUGCACCAUCUUUUUGUGACUCCAUGAUUGAAAC